AUGGCCACGAUGUGUGAUGCAGGGAGAAAAUCGACGUCACAGGAACCCAUGCUGACUCCUCUCUGGGCGUUAAAAGCCAUUACCUUCUUUUCAGUUGGUGCCAACUCAAGCCUUUUUCGAUUCAUUGCCGUGUUCUACCACGAGCUGGGCUUAAGCAACUGGCAGAUCGGGAUUCUUCAAACCCUCCAUCCUUGGAUGACUUUUCUGGGAUCCUUGGUCUGGGCUGCUGCAUGUGACGCCACAGGGGCCUACAAGCCAAUCCUCCUGCUGUCUAACUUCUGUGGAGCCCUCGUGAUGUGCUCCCUUCAGGCCGCUUCGGAAGGGCAAUUUACCCGGGUAUGUGCUUCCGUCGCCCUGGGAUCUUUCAUGCUCUCUGCUCGUGCCGGCCUUCUCGAUGCUCUGACGCUAAAGGUGGUCGAGGAGUAUAGGAGCCGAGCUGCCGGCGUAGAAGGCGCAACUGUGCCGAGCUACGGGCAGCAGCGGCUCUGGGGUUCUGCAGGCUUCGGCCUUUUCGCCCUACUCUCUGGCUGUGCCAUGGGGCGAAUCGGCAGCGGCGGGAUGUUUCUGAUUUUUCUGUUCUGCCUCUUGAUGACUGUGGUCUUGGUCUUAACGCAGCUGCCAGCCCGCGGCACUAGGCCGGAGCCCGUGCCAGCCGCUUCCCAGGAUGCUGCAGGCCUCUGCAGGUUUGAUGUAUGGUGGUUUUUCUCCAACCUGUUCGUCUAUGGAGCUCACAUGGCUCUCGUGGAGAGUUUCCUUUUCGUUUAUCUUUCUGUUGACUUUGUUGGAGCAAGCAAGCAGCUGUUGGGUGCAUCGGUGUCGGUGAUGUGCUUUUUCGAAGUCCCUGUCUACUUGCUGAUCCAGCGGCUCAUCGACCGCUUUCCACUCACGCUGCUCCUGUCGUGUUGUCACGUCAUCUUUGCCUUCCGGGUCUUCGCCUACAGCAUCCUCCCCGAGGACCGGCCCUACUUCGUUCUUUUCAUCGAACCCCUGCAUGGGGCCACCAUGGCUGCGAUGUGGGCUUGCAGUGUGGAGCUCGGCCGGCGCCUGGCGCCUGAGGGAGCCCGGGCACGAAUGCAGGCUUUGGUGGCGGGCAUCUACUACCGGGUGGCAUCAGGAGCCGGGUCCCUUCUUUGGGGACACCUAACACAGCAGCCACCCCUGGGCUACGGCUUUCAGGCCAUGUAUCGCCUGGCUUCUGUGACCAUAGUGUCUUGGUGCAUCAUCUGGAACGUCGGGUGGUGUCUCCGCAGCGGGAUGAUCGCGAAGCCGACGGCAUACCGACCUCUGCCUGAUCGUGCGUGA